UUGGGAACGCGGGGUCUUCUGGGAGCUACUGCCCGCCAUUCGCUCGCUCACGCUUUCGCUGCUACCGAAGUUGGUGCAGCACGGAAGAAGCGGAAGACAAGGCCGUAGCCGAACUCUCUUCCCGCCAAGAUGUCUAUUGGUGUGCCGAUUAAAGUUCUGCACGAGGCUGAGGGCCACAUUGUAACGUGUGAGACGAACACUGGUGAGGUGUACCGGGGGAAGCUCAUUGAGGCAGAGGACAACAUGAACUGCCAGAUGUCCAACAUCACAGUCACCUACAGAGAUGGCCGAGUGGCACAGCUGGAGCAGGUAUACAUCCGUGGCAGCAAGAUCCGCUUCCUAAUUUUGCCUGACAUGCUGAAAAACGCACCCAUGUUAAAGAGCAUGAAGAAUAAAAACCAAGGAUCUGGGGCUGGCCGGGGGAAAGCUGCUAUCCUGAAGGCCCAAGUGGCUGCAAGAGGAAGAGGACGUGGAAUGGGACGUGGAAACAUCUUCCAGAAGCGAAGAUAAUUUUAUCUGUUGAACAGAACUUUGCCCUUGUUUUUUCUUUUAGGUUAGCUGGGUAGGGGUGAGGGGGUGCUUAUAUAUAUGUCCUAGAUUUGCUUUUGACAGCAUUCUCAUUAGGUCUGGGGAAAUGUUAAACGAAAUAAAAUACGUGUUUUUGUUUUUGAGAAAGUAAGGACUAUGUGUUCAUUUUGGAGUAUGAUGUUCUGUUUGCUUUGGCAGCAGGUUACAUUUUGACACCCUGGGAGAUGUCCUGGGAGAGUGCCAGUACUUUGAAGUAGCACAGUUAUUGAGAAGAGUUAAGCUGUUCUAGGCCAAUUGCUGGUUAAACCCCAGAAAAGUUCACCUCCAAAAAACUCCUAGAACACACACACUGGAUUUUGUUUGUCUUUCGACACUUAUGGUUCAGCAUUUGCCAAAGAAAUCUAAUAUUAAAAAGUAAGUCAAAGGUGCAUCUAAGGACCUUAUCAAGAAAGUGAAGAGACAACCUACAGGAUGGAAGAAAGUAUUUGGGAACCAUAUAUCUGAUAAGUUUUUAAUACCCAGAGUAACAGUAUAUAAAGAACUUCUACAAUUCAAAAGAAAAAGACAAACAACCCAAUUCAAAAAAGGACAAAGGACGAAUAGACAUUUCUCCAAAGAAGAUACACAAAUG